CGAAAAAAGGCUUGACCUGUGAUAUUACUUCCUAGUAAAUUCAACACAAUUUAUAGUAUUAUUACUCAAAUAGGUCAUACAGCUGAUAAGGGAUGAAUGUAUAAAUCGUUAACAAAUAAUUUGUGGUUUAAAAACUGUGAUAAGUGUAUUGAGUACAAAGUGCAGUGUAAUGGUGGUCCAAGUCUAACCUCUACAGAAAACGAAAUUACCCAAUUUCGAAGAAAGCUUUAAAUCCACUUUUUUAUCAAUUGCAUAAACAAUUUUCAAUCGAUGUACAGUCCAAAGCCGUUGAUCAAACGUAUUUGUAGAGGAUUUUUAGGUCAAUAUUUCUCCAAUAACGUCAAAAAAAUUGAAAUAAGCAAGGCUCUGGUGGUGUCCAAAUUAUCAAGGUAUGAAUAUGAGAGAAAAAAACAUGAGGAACUCACCGAUCAAGAAUUUGAGAAAUUACUUAGAAACAGAGGCACAGAUUUGGUCAAGCUCCUACAUUUCCAUAAUUUGCAUAAGAAAUUUGAAGAAAAAGUGUCAAAUACCUUGAUGAGUAUGGGGAUAGAUGUCAAAGUGGUAAAUAGAUUCAAUUGCACUGGUGAUAAAGUCGAUGAAGCAGACAUAAUAAUACCAACAGGAGGUGAUGGUACCUUUUUGUUGGCUGCAAGCAUGGUCAUGGACAACAAGAAAUUAGUUGUGGGGUUCAACUCAGAUCCAAAUCGCUCAGAAGGAUAUUUGUGUCUUCCCAAAAGAUAUUCGACCAAUAUCCAAGAAGCAAUUGAACGGUUACAAGAAGGAAAAUUUGAGUGGCUGCUGCGUAGUAGAAUAAGAACAACUCUGGUAGUUAGUGAUGAUGACAACUUGGUUCCAAGUUUUUUACAUGAAUUUGAUAGUGAUAGUAAUACUAUUUUUAAGUCCAAAGCAAUAAGGAAGAAUGGAAGAUAUAAUAUUUUACCAGUUUUAGCACUUAAUGAGGUGUUUGUGGGGGAAAAACUAUCAGCAAGAGUAUCACAUUUACAAAUGAGGCUGAAUGGCUCUAUGGAGAAUACUAACAUAAAGUGUUCAGGAAUUUGUGUAUCAACAGGGACAGGAUCUACUUCCUGGCAUUCAAGCAUUAACAGAUUGCCUGUUCAAAGUGUUGCAGAGUUACUCAGAUUAAUUGACAUUAAUUCUGCUGAAGGAAAAGAUAGUCUAGCUACUGUUUUGUCUGAUACAUACAACAAAAGCUUAAUUUUUCCUCCAGAUGACCAGAAAAUGGGUUACACUAUAAGAGAUCUGAUUUCUGCUGGUGUUUGGCCCCAGCCCAAGGGCAUCAAAUCCAGGGGGUUUGCUUCCAAAAUCGAAAUAAAAUCCAAUUGUUUUGAUGCUUGUCUGGUGGUUGAUGGAGGCGUAUCUUUUUGUUUCAAUGAUGGCACUAUAGCAUUGAUGGAAAUCUUACCAGAAGAUUCACUUAGGACUGUGACUUUCAAAGAUUGAGUAAAGGCGAUUUUAUGUAUGAAUUGAUUGAUAUGGGACAUUGUCUCUACAUAUUAGGUUUUGAUAGUUAUUGAUAUAAUUAAUUUUUAAGAAUAAGAAGAAAAACAGUAACAAUGUAAAUAAUAAUGAAUAUUGGAAGUUGAGCUUUAUAAAUGAUGAUAAAUUAAAUAAUAAUUAUAGAUACAGAUUAUAUAAUUCCAUGAUAAAGUAGUUUUUUUAU